CAUGGGUUUGGAUAAACCAUAGGGAGAAGCAAACACAAACGAUUCGUGAGUGCAUCGUACGUGUUGUAAGAGCAAGUGAAGCUGAAAGACAUUGACAGUGAAGUGAUGGCUCCCUCUAUCAAUCUCUUCACCUUCCUCGUCCUGUCCCUGGUGGGGGGCAGCUCUUCAUGGGACGAAGCUUCGCCUUGUGGAUCCGGCUCCAUUCUGACAAGGCCCUACACGGCCUUGUGUGAGCUGGAUGCGGUGUGGGGCUUGGUGGUGGUGGUGGCGGCAGCGGCGGCGGCCCUCGCCUCGCUGAUCCUGCUCCUGGUGGUACUGUGUCGCCUGCGGAAGAUCACAGAGGCUGAGGAGCGCAGCGGGGUGGCGCCGCUACUCCUGCUGCUCGCUGCCAUAUUUGGGCUCUGUGGCUUCAGCCUGGGAUACAUCGCUGAGCACCAAGAGAGCCUCUGCUUCGCCCGGCGUGUCCUGAGGGGGGUGUUGCUUGCUGUCUGCAACACCUGCCUAGUGUUCCAGGGUCUGCGACUGCGCCGGUUGGGACAAGGUGCUCAUAGCCCCAGCACAGGUCAACUGAUGGGGCUGGCGGUGGCCUUGGCCGUGUUGGAUCCGGAGUGGAUCCUUCUAGCCACGAUGUCCACGUGCCAGCCAGCCUGUGAUUACCAGCCGCUGGACUUUGCGCUGGCCACCACGUAUGUGCUGGUCCUGCUCCUGGCAGCACUGGUGGGGGCGGCCUGCAGUCUGUGGAGGCAGCAGCCUCGGUGGAGGUGCAGGACCAUGUGGCUGCUCAUCACCUGCCUGGCCUCAGUCCUGCUGUGGGUGGCCUGGAUCACCUUCUGCCUGUAUGGUAACGCGGCGCUUGGCCUGCCCCCAACAUGGGAUAACCGGGUACAGGCAGUGGUGCUGCUGGCACAGGCAUGGCUGCUCAUACUGCUGCACGCUGCUCCUGAGGUCCACGCCACCUUACGGCCCCCGUCCCGCAUGAGAGAGGCCAGUUUAGAGGAGGGCCUUUCUCACCUGUAGUUUGGAGCAAACCGGGACUUCGUGUUCAGUGACAACAACUCAGGUGCCCUCCCCAGCCCCCAGGAAACAUUACAUUUUAAAUAAAUAAUAUAUAUAUAUAUAUAUA